CCCUGCACAUCAUUCGUACACCCUUUUACCCCGACCCCUGCAAAAAUUGACUCCUCGUGGCAAGGGUGUUGCUGAAGGAUCUAUUCAUCCGUAGGCAGAAAGGGGGCCGAUAGCGGACGGCAAAUUGUUGAAAGAGCCUAAUAAGGUCAAGAACAUGUGGUUGACAAUCAUGGUGGGCUUGGCCCUGCUGGCCACGGCGGCCUCGGCUGCCACCUCUGCUUCAGCCGACAAGGUCCUCAGUCAACCUGCCACCAUCCUGGCCGACAACAGCGCCAACCUGGCCUUCAGCCUCUACCAUAACAUGGCCAAAGAGAAGACCACGGAGAACAUCCUCAUCUCUCCCGUGGUGGUGGCGUCCUCUCUGGGGCUGGUGGCUCUCGGGGGCAAAGCCUCCACGGCCUCGCAGGUCAAGGCCGUCCUCAACGCCGGCAAGGUUAAAGACGAGCAGCUGCACGCCGGUUUGGCCGAGCUGCUGACCGAGGUGAGCGACCCCAAGGCCCGCAACGUCACCUGGAAGAUCAGCAACCGGCUGUACGGGCCCAGCUCUGUCAACUUUGUGUCCGAUUUCAUCAAGAGUAGCAAGAAGCACUACAAGAUCGACCACAUGAAGAUCAACUUCAAAGACAAGAAGAGUGCCGUCAAGUCCAUCAACGACUGGGGAGCCAAGUCCACCGACGGCAAACUGCCCGAGGUCACCAACGAUGUGGAAAAGACUGACGGGGCCAUGAUCGUUAAUGCUAUGUUUUUCAAACCUCACUGGAACGAGCAGUUCCAUCAUAAAAUGGUGGACAACCGUGGUUUCCUGGUGUCCAGGGGCUUCACUGUGUCCGUACCGAUGAUGCACCGCACAGGUAUGUAUGGCCACUAUGAGGACACGGCCCACAAGGUGACUGUGCUGAGUAUGCCCCUGGCCCAUAAAAAGUCCAGCAUGGUGUUCGUCAUGCCUUUCAGCGUGGAGCCCCUUGAGAGACUGGAGAAGAUGCUGAGCAAGAAGCAGCUGGACGCCUGGAUGGGCAAACUGGAGGAGAAAGCCGUCGCUGUGUCUCUCCCCAAAGUCAGCAUGGAAGUCAGCCACAACCUCCAGAAACACCUGGGACAGCUGGGAUUGACGGAAGCCGUGGACAAGACCAAGGCCGACUUGUCCAACAUGUCCGGCAAGAAGGACCUCUACCUGUCCAAUGUGUUCCACGCCUCCGCCCUGGAGUGGGACACGGAGGGAAACCCCAUCGACCCCAGCGUGUUUGGCACCGACAAGCUGAAGAGCCCCAAGCUUUUCUACGCCGACCACCCCUUCAUCUUCCUGGUGAAGGACCAGAAGACGAACUCCAUCCUCUUCCUGGGCAGGAUGGUCCGACCCAAGGGGGACAAAAUGAGAGAUGAAUUGUAACCUCGCCUUACCACUAGUGUGUCGGAGAAUAUUUUGUACUCUGUGUGUGUGUGUGUGUGUGUGUGUGUGUGUGUGUGU